GCAGCGGGCAGCUUUCAUUCGAAGGUUUGGCGGAGUAUUCGGUUGGUAAUGGCUGAAAAUACCGUAAAUCCGAUGCAGGCAGAAGUCGUGGAUUUUAAAGUUCCCACUGGAAACAACAAGACUUUGUUUGUCUGUAGCAUCCUCCCUAAAGAGACUGAGGCAGAAAUUUAUGAUUGCGUUUUCAAAACUUUCUCUAAAUACGGACUGAUCUACUUUCUGCGAGUGUCCAGGAAUGCUGCCGUAGCGGAACCAGGUUUUUAUGCCAUUGUCAAAUAUUAUUCAGCGCUGAAUGCCAGUAGAGCACAGAAAGUUACAAACGAACAGUGUUUAUUUCAAGAGCGACCUUUGAAGGUUCGAAUGUGCACAAAGCAGCAUUCCAUGAAAGCAUUUCAAGAGCACCGACUAUCUCUGAAUAGCUUCAAGUGCCAGGAGUUGGCAAAUUACUACCUUGGUUUCAAUGGAUGGUCCAGUCAGAUAAUUGGGCUCCAGAGGUUUUCUGAUACUGAUGGAUGUGAAGAAAAUUCCCAAGAAGUGCAAUCACAGAAGAAGAGCAUAAAAUACCUUUGUGUAAUGGAAGUUAAAUUUAGAAAUUAUGGCAUGUGUUGCAGAGGUGUUGGGGUUUCUGAGGAAUUUGAAAUCCAAGAUGUCACAGAUCCACUGAAUUAUGCACUAACAAUUGGAAGGAUGCAAAAGUCUGCAAUACAGAAAGCUUUAUCAGAUGCAUUCCAGAAGGUGGUCCUUGUUGUCCUGGAAAACGGGAAGGUCUCUGUGCAGUGGAGCUCAGAACAGGAUGGAGUGGAGCUCAGAACAGGAUGGAAUGGAGCACUUUACAGCGGAGGAUCUUCAAACACAACUGCAGGUAAAUGACAUUUCAUGGAGUCAAUUUGAAUACGAGGGUCAGGAAGAAAUCCUUUCAGAUCUUAGUUUCAACACACAUUCUAUUGAAGGAAUUGGAACAUGAGGAGCUGCUAAAUUCUUUGAACAUGUCUAUUCCAGUGCCUCUACGGAAUCUAUCUUGCUUGUAUUUUAUGUCAAGUUAACAAAAAUAUGAUCCAAAAUACUGAGUUGCUUUUAAAAACAAGAAACAGUAAUUCACUCUACUUGAUCUGACAACUUGUCUUUGGAACUGUGGUAUUGAGUGUAUUUGUUUAAAAGAGGAAAAUACACCGCAAUUAAUGGUUCACAAUUGAUUAAGGGAAAAUGAUUUGUGCUGGACCAUGGAAAUGUAUUUACACGCAACAACUGUAUAGAGAGAAAGGAGAAUGUCAGAUAGUGGAGAGUACCCCUAUGGCUGUCCCCCUCAAUGAUAAGUACUCCUGUUUGAGUACUGGAUUACCGUUUGGGGGUCGGGGG